GCGGGACCGGCGGGGCCGCAGAUGGCUGAGAGCUAGCCAGGAAAACAGGAGCAUGAUGGCUCAAUUUCCCAUAGCCAUGAAUGGAGGGCCAAACAUGUGGGCUAUUACCUCUGAAGAACGGACUAAGCAUGACAAGCAGUUUGAUAACCUCAAGCCCGCAGGAGGUUACAUAACAGGUGAUCAAGCACGUACGUUUUUCUUGCAAUCAGGCUUGCCGGCUCCUAUUUUAGCUGAAAUAUGGGCUUUAUCAGACCUGAACAAAGAUGGGAAGAUGGAUCAGCAAGAGUUCUCCAUAGCCAUGAAGCUCAUCAAACUAAAGCUACAAGGCCAGCAGCUGCCCGUGGUUCUCCCUCCUAUUAUGAAACAACCUCCUAUGUUCUCUCCAUUACUUUCUGCCCGUUUUGGGAUGGGAAGCAUGCCCAAUCUGUCCAUUCCUCAGCCAUUGCCUCCAGUCGCUCCUCUAGCAACAGCUUUGUCCCCCGCAACUUCAGGGGCCACCCUCCCUCCCUUAAUGAUGCCUGCUCCCUUGGUGCCUUCCGUUAGCACUUCCUCCUUACCAAAUGGAACUGCCAGUCUCAUCCAGCCUUUAUCCAUUCCUUAUUCUUCUGCAACAUUGCCUCAUACGUCAUCUUACAGUAUGAUGAUGGGAGGAUUUGGUGGUGCUAGUAUGCAGAAAGCCCAGUCUCUGAUUGACUUAGGAUCUAGUAGCUCAACUUCCUCAACUGCUUCACUCUCAGGGAACUCGCCCAAGAUUGGGACCACAGAGUGGGCAGUUCCUCAGCCUUCAAGAUUAAAAUAUCGGCAAAAAUUUAAUAGUCUUGACAAAAGUAUGAGUGGAUACCUCUCAGGUUUUCAAGCUAGAAAUGCCCUUCUUCAGUCAAAUCUUUCUCAAACUCAGCUAGCUACUAUUUGGAGUCUGGCUGACAUUGAUGGGGAUGGACAACUAAAAGCUGAAGAGUUUAUUCUUGCGAUGCACCUCACGGACAUGGCCAAAGCUGGACAGCCUUUGCCUCUGACUUUACCUCCUGAGCUGGUCCCUCCAUCUUUUAGAGGAGGAAAGCAAAUUGAUUCCAUUAAUGGAACUCUGCCUUCAUAUCAGAAAAUACAAGAAGAGGAGCCUCAAAAAAAAUUACCAGUUACUUUUGAGGACAAGCGGAAAGCCAACUAUGAGCGAGGGAACAUGGAACUGGAGAAGCGACGCCAAGCCCUGAUGGAGCAGCAGCAGAGGGAGGCAGAACGCAAAGCCCAGAAAGAGAAGGAAGAGUGGGAACGAAAACAGAGAGAACUGCAAGAACAAGAAUGGAAGAAACAACUUGAAUUAGAAAAACGCUUGGAAAAGCAGAGGGAAUUGGAGAGACAACGGGAAGAAGAAAGGAGAAAAGAGAUAGAAAGACGAGAGGCAGCAAAACAGGAACUUGAGAGACAACGUCGUCUGGAGUGGGAGAGAAUUCGCCGACAGGAGCUCCUCAAUCAGAGGAACAGAGAGCAGGAAGAAAUCGUGAGGCUGAACUCCAAAAAGAAAAGUCUUCAUCUCGAAUUGGAAGCACUGAAUGGCAAACAUCAGCAGAUCUCAGGCAGACUUCAAGAUGUCCGACUCAGAAAGCAAACUCAAAAGACUGAGCUGGACGUUCUAGAUAAGCAGUGUGACCUGGAAAUUAUGGAAAUCAAGCAGCUCCAGCAAGAACUUCAGGAAUAUCAAAAUAAGCUUAUCUACUUGGUACCUGAGAAGCAAUUAUUAAACGAAAGAAUUAAAAACAUACAGCUUGGUAACACACCUGAUUUAGGGGUCAGUCUACUUCAUAAAAAAUCAUUAGAAAAGGAAGAAUUAUGCCAAAGACUUAAAGAACAGUUAGAUGCACUGGAAAAAGAAACUGCAUCUAAGUUAUCAGAAAUGGACUCAUUUAACAGUCAACUAAAGUGUGGGAAUAUGGAUGACUCUGUUCUUCAGUGCCUUUUGUCUCUGCUCAGCUGUCUCAACAACCUCUUCCUCUUACUUAAGGAACUGAGAAAAACCUACAAUACACAGCAGUUAGCUCUUGAACAGCUUCACAAAAUCAAACAUAACAAGUUAAUGGAAAUAGAAAGAAAAAGGUCAGAGCUAAUACAAAAAAAGAAACUAGAAGAUGAGGCUGUAAGGAAAGCAAAGCAAGGAAAAGAAAACUUAUGGAGAGAAAAUCUUAGAAAGGAGGAAGAAGAAAAACAAAAGCGGCUCCAGGAAGAAAAGACCCAAGAAAAAGUUCAAAAAGAGGAAAAGAAAACUGAGGACAAACAAUGUGAGCCAGCUAGUGAGUUGGUGAAUUAUAGAGCUUUAUAUCCCUUUGAAGCAAGGAGCCAUGAUGAGAUGAGUUUUAAUACUGGGGAUAUAAUACAGGUUGAUGAGAAAACCACAGGAGAACCUGGUUGGCUUUAUGGUAGUUUCCAAGGAAAGUUUGGCUGGUUUCCAUGCAACUAUGUAGAAAAAAUGCCAUCGAGUGAAAAAUCUGUGUCUCCGAAAAAGGCCAUACUUCCUCCCACAGUAUCUUUAUCUGCUACCUCAACUUCUUCUGAAUCACUUUCUUCAAAUCAGCCAGCAUCAGUGACUGAUUAUCAAAAUGUAUCUUUUUCAAACCUAACUGUUAAUACAUCAUGGCAGAAAAAGUCAGCUUUUACUCGCACUGUGUCCCCUGGAUCUGUGUCCCCUAUUCAUGGACAGGGACAGGUUGUAGAAAACCUAAAAGCACAGGCCCUUUGUUCCUGGACUGCAAAGAAAGAUAACCACUUGAACUUCUCAAAACAUGAUGUUAUUACUGUCUUGGAGCAGCAAGAAAAUUGGUGGUUUGGUGAGGUCCAUGGAGGAAGAGGGUGGUUUCCAAAAUCUUACGUCAAAAUCAUCCCUGGGAGCGAAGUCAGGCGAGAAGAGCCAGAAGCUCUGUAUGCAGCUGUAAACAAGAAACCUACCUCCGCAGCCUAUACAGUUGGAGAAGAGUAUAUUGCACUUUAUCCGUAUUCAAGUGUAGAACCUGGAGAUUUGACAUUCUCAGAAGGCGAAGAAAUACUGGUGACUCAGAAAGAUGGAGAAUGGUGGACAGGCAGUAUUGGAGAUAGAACUGGAAUUUUCCCAUCAAAUUAUGUCAAACCAAAAGAUCAAGAGAGUUUUGGGAGUGCUAGCAAAUCUGGAGCAUCAAACAAGAAACCUGAGAUUGCUCAGGUGACUUCCGCGUACACGGCUUCCGGCACGGAGCAGCUCAGCCUCGCCCCAGGACAGUUAAUACUGAUAUUAAAGAAAAACACGAGUGGCUGGUGGCAAGGGGAGUUACAGGCCAGAGGCAAAAAGAGACAGAAAGGAUGGUUUCCUGCCAGCCAUGUUAAACUUUUGGGUCCAAGUAGUGAAAGAACUACACCUGCCUUUCAUCCUGUGUGUCAGGUGAUCGCUAUGUAUGACUAUGCAGCGAAUAAUGAAGAUGAGCUAAACUUCUCCAAGGGACAACUUAUCAAUGUUUUGAACAAAGAUGAUCCUGACUGGUGGCAGGGAGAAAUCAAUGGGGUGACUGGUCUCUUCCCUUCAAACUAUGUUAAGAUGACAACAGACUCCGACCCAAGUCAACAGUGACCCAAUGUUGUCUUCCAGUGUGAAAGCACCCCAGAGACCCACUAUCCAAGUUUGACUCUAGCGUGGAGGCAGGGCAGGCAGCCCUGAUCAAAUAUCUCCUACACAAUCCGUUAACUUCGGUUCGAAUGUUAGAGCCACUUGUGAUUAUUUCUUUGUGUUUCUAACUUACAGUUAACAUUUAUUUGUAACAAGUUAAAGGAUAGUGGGUCUUUGUGUGGCUUUCCCUGCUGUUCACUCUGGCAUCCUUUAGCAUUUUCCUUCUUUUUUAAUUUGGUAAUUAUAGGUUAUUAGCAUGCACAUUGAGUUUUCCCCUACACGGUGGGAAUUCAAACACACAAAGACCCACUAUUUGCACAAACUGUUCUUGCUGGUUUGGAAUGAGCUGCCAUGCUUUUCUAAUGUUAUCGCAACUUGUAUAUUGAUUACAGAAUUCAGAUAAAAUUUGCUUAUGUUUUGCUCUUAUGUUUGAUCUAAUCCUAAUUACAGUGAGCUCUUAAUUGGUUCAAUGUGUGAUUUGUCCCCAGAUAUGCAGUGUUUAAUUUGUUACUUUCAAUAUGCCACUAUUCGAUUUGUUAAAUUUGUUAAAGGCCAAGAACUGGAAAUAACCUUUUGUGUAUUUUCUGUGUAUUUGGGGGUAGAAGCAAUAAUAUUUUGGGGAGCUUUUCAGAAGGGGUCAGUGGGCAGCCAUCAGUAUGUGCAGAAUGGGAUGUUUCAUCUGUUGAGCUGCCCAGGAAUGAGCACAGACUGUGGUAGUGACCUUGAAUCUUUGUGCUCUGGACGUGAAGAUACUGCAUCAUGUCCUGCAGCAGUUAACUAACUUCCUCUUUAAUGACCUAGAAGUGUAUUAAUUUGGGGAAAUGAAAGGCUCCCAUCACAGACCCCGAGAUAGGAAACUUUCCCUAGCUUAGACCGAGUAUAUCUAUGAUACAUUUUAAAGUAAAAAUUCAUGUUACCUAUUUUAAUUAGGUGGCCACAUGUCCCAGGUCAUAAAAAGACACUGGUUGACGUUCUUCUUAAUAUACUUAGUAAAGGUCAUAAGGAAUCUUUGAAGAGUUUAAAUGCCCCUGAAGCAGGCAAACAGGCGGCUCUGUCUGCCUCGUCAAGAAUGAAUUCGGGUGAAGGAGAGGCAUGUGUGCUGGCAUUCCUCCAUGUCCACAGAGUGCUUUGAGGCUAGAAGAUUGACUUUACCAGCCAGAUUCUCUGGCUAAUCUCUAUUCAACCACACUGGCUACUUUGGCACAGGAUUUUACUUUUUCUUGAAUGGAAAUACUUUAAAGAUGCUAAACAUUAUUAAAAACUAAUAAGUGUGAGAGUUCUUAGCUAAAACAAACAGGCAUUUUAGUGGCCAGUAUUAAACUCUUUGAAAAUCAAUGAGAAGCUUAUGCAAUGUAUAAUGUUUACAAACUGCAGUGCAAUCUACUGUUUAUGAAUGUCCAAGUAUUAUCAGGAAAUGUGUACAUACAGUCACACUUUUAUUUCCUCACAGAGUUCUUUAGGAGUGAAAUAUGUUUUUAUAUCUUUGAGUUUAAGUUAAAAACAUAUUUUGUGCAAUAUUUAUGUUGAUGUGCCUAUACAUUAUGAAUGAAUGACUUCAGUUAUGCAUUGCCUAAAUCAUAACUUUACAACACUUGAGAAAGAAUCAACAGUUUAGUUAGAACUUCACAAAGUUCAAAUGUCUGUGUUCCAAAAUAUUUCAUGUUAUUGGGAUGUGUGGUGAUAUGUAUGUGUGCUCCCUGGGGUAGGGAUUUGUAAUUAUGAGACCAGCUCAAUUUUUAAUAUUUGGCAUCAUCAUGAUACUUUUAAAAAAUAGGACAUUAAUAGAAAGCAAUAAUACCACUUUACAGGUGGAAUAAUAGAUUCACCUGCAGUCAAUAAAAGGAAUAGUACAAAGGUUGUGUCCUUGUGAAUUCAACCAAUCCUCCAAAUUGUACAGAUUACUUGAUCUUGCUUUUUAAUGUUAUGAACUUUCUGCUUUUGCAUCCUUUAGUUCAGAUUAAGGACAGUUACUUUAAGUCCAUUAUAAACCCUGAGAUUAGAAAUCAGACCACUGAUAAUUAGCCACGUGAUUUAGCAUAACAUUUCGGUAUAAUUAUUUUUUGCAUAUGGACUUACCUAAUAUAUUAAUGAAUUAUUUCAAAGGUAUUUUAUAGUGCAGAUCAUUCACUUUUACACUGAUGAAGUUUAUUAAGAAUGACAUUCAGGUAGAGCUUAGCAUCUGUAGUCAAUUUGAAAAAAAUGUAUUCAAAGGUACCUAUGGACUACAUCGCAUAAUGACAUAUUUAAGCUAAAUAUCAGUCUGGGAAAUGUAUUUACUGUAUUUAACUGAAAUACCUCUCCUUGUGUAGGUAUUUUGUCAUAUAUUUGAGAGAAAGCUAAAAAUAAAGGAAAUAGAUGACGUAUAAUAACCUGACCUUCUUAAAAGUGCAUGCAAUCCUUUGCGAUCGAUACCUCAUAUUCUGCCACGUUUGCUCUCUUCCUCAUUCGGUAUGAGGCAGCUUUCAAUUUACUUAGAAAGCAAUGUUAGGAGGAAAGAAUUUUAAAGUGGGAAAACCACUGAAUAAAUCUGAAUUCUGUAGGAAGUAACGUUUAUUUGAACAUUGUAGUAUGUGAUAAUCAUUUUUAAGUAUGUAAUCAAAUCUAAUGGGUUUUCCAGCAGUAAAAAAAAAAAAAAAAAUCAGAUCUAAAACCAAACCUGAUUUUUUAGAAAAUUUAAAUCAGACUUACCCAUUGUAGAGUUUCCUCAAAAACUUUAUCUUAAAGUGUCAUUUUAAAAUAAUAGAACUAUUAAAACAAUGUAACUGCUAUUUUAGUGUUCUAAAAUACAGUGUGAAUACAGAUAGCUUUAAGUAAAGAAAGUGAAGGAAGGAAAAGUAGAGAAAGAAAUGCCAAUUCCAGUCAAAGCUUUAUUUGCCAAAUUUUUUCUUAGAAUGAAUUUUACAAGUUAUAAAUUCUUGUAAAUAGAAUCUAUAAUGGAAAUUCUGAGAGACUUUUGCCUAGAGUGGCAUUGUUGGAUGCUGCUGUGAUGCUACUGUAAUGUAAUAAAUUAUUAAAUUGUUGCAAAGUGCUGUUUUUUGCCUUAAAUUUUUAUUUUGUGUGUCUUAAAAACUAUGCUAUCAAAGGUAUUAAGACUGUGCAAAUGCUGGGCACGCUUGGCAUGAGGUAAUCUUUUUAUUUUUACAAAGUUGUAAUAUAACUAUGCAAAUGUGUUUAUUAAAAGGACACAAACUACA